GUUGUGUCACUAGACUUUGACCAGAUAUUAUUGCAUUCAAAGAUCAACUGAACAUAGAACAUAGAUACAGAGACACUUGUCAUCAGGAAGGUGAUCUCUCAGCACAACGGAAAAUAUCUCAAUGACUUGACAUGUUCUGGUUGUGAAUUCAGGCUACAAGGGGUCAGUUCUCUAAAAUGAGUCUCUCUGGAGCUAGAAAGAAGGGGGGCCCAGCCUCUAAAACGAGACUCUCUGGGGAACAUGACACCAAAGCUAAGAGACCAAUCAAGCAGGAGAGACCAGCCUCCCCUGUUCCCAGCUGUGUGUCCAUGAAGAGUGACUGGUCUAUGGAUCAACCUAUAUUCUUUAGAGAGGGAGACUUUUCUACUGAACAAAGAAACCAACAGGAGAGAUCAGAGUCAGAGAUUCUCAGUGGUCAGUCUUCCCAGAGUCAUCAAACAGACCUGGCCUCCAUAUUCAGUUUGCUUGAAGAGAAAAUCAUGACAUUUGUGAAGAACGAGCUGAAGAUGUUCAAGAGGAUUCUUAGUCCAGAACUCCCAGAAGGCUUUGAGAGUCAGAAGCAGGAUAAGGAAGUGGUGGAUGCUGAAGAUGAGAAGCAGGAGAGCAGUGCCAGAGAGGGGGCUCUGAAGAUCACACUGCACGUCCUGAGGAAAAUGAACCAGAAGGAGCUUGCUGACACACUGGAAAAAUAUGAGCUUGCUGUGAUUUGCCAACGUGAACUCAAAUCUAAUCUAAAGAAGAAGUUUCAAUGUGUAUUUGAGGGGAUCGCUAAACAAGGAAACCCAACACUUCUCAAUAAGAUCUACACAGAGCUCUACAUCACAGAGGGUGGAACAGGAGAGGUCAAUAAUGAACAUGAGCUGAAACAUAUUGAGACAACAACCAGGAAACAAGCAAGACCAGAGACUGCAAUCAAAUGUAACGACAUCUUCAAACCCUUAACUGGACAAGACAAACGUAUCAGAACUGUGCUGACAAAGGGAGUCGCUGGCAUUGGAAAAACAGUCUCUGUGCAGAAGUUCAUUCUGGACUGGGCUGAAGGAAAAGCAAAUCAGGAUGUCCAAUUUGUAUUUUCAUUCCCUUUUCGGGAGCUGAAUUUGAUGAAAGAGGACAAACACACUUUCAUUGAACUUCUUAAUCACUUCUCAAUGGAAACCAAACAAUCAGGAAUCUCCAUCUACAACAAGUACAAAGUUCUGUUCAUCUUUGAUGGUCUGGAUGAGUGCCGACUGCCCCUAGACUUCCAGAAGAACAAGAUCUGUUGGGACGUCACAGAGUCAACCUCAGUGGAUGUUCUGCUGACAAAUCUCAUCAAGGGAAAUCUGCUUCCCUCUGCUCUCAUCUGGAUAACUACCCGACCUGCAGCAGCCAAUAAGAUCCCUUCAGAAUGUGUUGAACAGGUGACAGAGGUACGAGGGUUCAAUGACCCACAGAAGGAGGAGUACUUCAGGAAGAGAUUCAGUGAUGAGGACCUGGCCAGCAGAAUCAUCUCACACAUAAAGACAUCAAGGAGCCUCCACAUCAUGUGCCACAUUCCAGUCUUCUGUUGGAUUUCUGCAACAGUCCUUGAACACAUGCUGAAACAUCAGAGAGAAGAGAUGCCCAAGACUCUGACUGAGAUGUACACACACCUUGUGGUGUUUCAUACCAAACAGAAGAAUGAAAAGUAUCUUGGGAAAGAAGAGACAGGUCCACACUGGAAUAAAGAGAGCAUUCUGUCACUGGGAAAACUGGCUUUUCAACAGCUUGUGAAGGGCAAUCUAAUUUUCUAUGAAGAAGACCUGAAAGAGGCUGAUAUUGAUGUUAAUGAAGCCUCAGUGUACUCAGGAUUGUGCACACAGCUCUUUAAAGAGGAAUGUGUGCUGUACCAGGACAAGGUGUACUGCUUCGUGCAUCUGAGCAUUCAGGAGUUUCUGGCUGCUGUAUAUGUGUUCCUCUCAUUCAUCAACAACAAUGAGAAUCUAAUGGAUGAACUGCAAACAAACGAUGAGCCUGAAGUUAGUGUCUACAAGAGUGCUGUGGAUAAAGCCUUACAAAGUGAGACAGGAAACCUGGACCUUUUCCUCCGCUUCCUUCUUGGCCUCUCAUUGGAGUCCAAUCAGAAACACUUACGAGGUCUACUGACAAAGACAAGAAGCAGCUCACAGAACCAUGAAGAAACAGUCAAGUACAUCAAGGAGAAGAUCAGGGAGAAUCUCUCUCCAGAGAGGAGCAUCAAUCUGUUCCACUGUCUGAAUGAACUGAAUGACCAUUCUCUAGUGGAGGAGAUCCAAAGCUACCUGAGCUCAGGAAGUCUCUCUGAAGCCAAACUGUCACCUGCACAGUGGUCAGCUCUGGUAUUUGUGUUGCUGACUUCAGAAAAGGAGCUGGAUGUGUUUGACCUGAAGAAAUACUGCAGAUCAGAGGAAGGUCUUCUGAGGCUGCUGCCAGUGGUCAAAGCCUCCAGAGCUGCUCUAGGCGGAUGCAAGAUGCAAGCAACGAUGGUUUUAAUGAAUGUAGUUCACAGCAGCAACAUAACAGACAGACUGUACUCAGAAGGAAUCCGACCCAGGAACUCGGGCGCAUCUUCCGAUCAUAACGUGCUGAGAAAACCAGGGGAGUGUGUCCAGAUGAGUAGGAAGGAGCACAGCAGAUAAUCCACACAAGAGAAGAGCACGGACACACGACACAACCUCAGAGAAGAAACAACGAUCUGACAACAAGAAACACUGGUAACAGAACAUAUAAAGGGAAGAUAAGUGGUUCCAGCUGGCGCAGACAAUCAGGCCGAGAUUGGGAAACCACGCCCACACAAACACUGGAGAGAGAGAGAGAGAGAGAGAGAGAGCGAGAAAGAGAGACGGAGGCAGUGGAUUCAUGAACCGUGACAAUA